AUGUAUGUCACUGAAUUUCAAAAGCGAGGACUUCCGCAUGUGCAUAUGUUAUUGGUCUUAGAAAGUAACGAUAAGUUGCGUGACCCAAAAGAUUAUGAUAGUAUGGUAAGAGAAGAAAUACAUCAAUUAGAAUGUGAGCCACAGUUGAAUGAAGCUCUUGUAAAACAUAUGAUCCACAGACCUUGCGGCGUAAUCAACCGAAAGUCUCCAUGUAUAAAAGACGGACGUUGUAAGAAAAUGCAUCCCAAACAAUUCUUGGAUGAAACACGUCAAGGCACUGAUUCAUAUCCCGAGUAUAGGAAAAGGUUUGAUGAAUCUAUAUCAUUAGGUAGAGAUAGGUUUAUCAAUAAUAGAUGGGUGGUUCCUUAUAACUCUAGGUUACUGUUAAAGUAUGACUGUCACAUCAAUGUAGAGAUUUGCACUAGCAUUAAAGAUGCAAUUCCAAAUAUCAUACAAGAGGAGUUAGCAGUCGAUAUCCCCAAUGAAGAUAUUGAAUCUGUUGCUAAGUUAAAUAAUGAUCAAAUGAUUGCAUUCAAAACCAUUAUGAAUGUAAUUGUUCAAAAACACAGUGGGGUAUUUUUUGUUGAUGGUCCAGGAGGAACACGUAAAACAUUCCUUUAUAGAGCAUUAAUUGCAAGUUUAAGAAGUAGAGGAGAAAUUAUCUUAGCAACUGCAUCAUCUGGUAUAGCUGCAACAUUGUUACUCGGUGAUAGGACUGCAUACUCUCGAUUUUAG